AUGUUAAAUCUGCCGACAUUCUUUAUAGAACUAUUCGAAUCCAAUCUUCAUUUAAUUCUGACGUUUACUACUUUUUCAAUAUUAGGAAACUAUGCUAGGGAAGGUUUAGCAGGACUAUCUAACUAUAAACCAUCAUAUGUUGCCUCAGGAUCUGUCCUUUGGAGCAAUCUAACCGCAUCACUAAUCAUGGGUAUAAUGCAAGAGCUACAUGCAGAGCCAGGUUGGUUUCCCCCUGAAUUGACACCUUUGUUUGUUGGUGUGACUACCGGAUUUUGUGGGUGUUUAUCAUCCUUUUCAAGUAUGAUGCUUGAAAUAUUUAAUCAUUCUACCAAUUUUGCAUCAAAUCCAAAUCAUUAUAAAUGGCCUAAUAAUGGGUAUGGGAUUAUGGAAUUUUUAUCAGUGCUGUUUGUACAUUUAUUAGUUUCUAUGGGAGCUUUAAUCUUCGGGAGACAAAUGGGUUCUGAAAUAAUUGUUAGAUACUGCUCUGUUAUUAUGGUCGAUGAUAAUUCAACUAAUGAUUCAAGUACUAAUUCACAAAUGGCACCAUUUGCAGGUUGCGGUGAAGAUAAAGAUCAGCUACCUGCCGAGGAACAAUUGGAACCACCAAAGAGAUAUCCAAAACCCUGGAUUCAGAAAACUAUACAUUAUGUCGAUGUCCUGUCAUAUUUGCUAGCCAUUCCACUUAUUAUUUUAAUUAUUGUGUUAGCUGCAUAUUAUAAUAACCAUUCUCGUGCUGAUUGGACAUUACCACCAUUAUUUGGUAUUAUUGGUGGAUUUACAAGAUUCUAUGUGUCAAAUGCAUUAAAUGCCAAAAAUAAACAUUUCCCAAUCGGUACUUUUGUCUGUAACAUAGUCGCGACACUCAUAUUAGCCAUUUUAACUAUGGUUCAACGUGGAGUUAGACCUGGGUUUCUUUCACCUGUGGUUCAUUCUUCUGUUGCUUGUCUAGUCACAAGUGGCUUAAUGAAUGGGUUUUGUGGUAGUUUAAGUACUAUCAGUACUUUCAUUAAUGAAGGUUAUAAAUUACCAUUCCUCGAUACAUUAUCUUACUACUUCAGUACUGUUUUUGUUUCUUAUUGUCUGGUGGUUAUUACAUUGGGUGCAUACGGUUGGUCGAGAGGACUAAUGGAGCCGGUUUGCUGA